UAGUACUUGCCGUGCGUCGUCUGCAGCUGCGGGGUCAUCUUCUGCGUGAGUUCGACCUCCUUGUUGAUCGCGUCGCAGGCGCAUCAGUGCUCCGAGCUCCUGGCUGGUCCUCAGCAGCUCCGCCAACUGCUUCUUCAACUUGGCGUUCUCCUCUCGCAUGCGCGCGAGCUCGUCGUCUUGCUCAGCUUUCUCCAUCUUGAACUUGGAGAACUCCUCGCCCACGCGGUUGAUCUCUCUCUCCUUCUCGAUCUUCUCGAUGCACAGUUUGGAGAAGAUCUGACGAGCCAAGCGGCCACGCUAGAUGCGGAUAGCUGCUGCCUCCGCCUCCUGUCUGCCCUCCUUCAUCACGGCGAACUGCUUCCGCUCCUGGUUUUUCGCUCCACCUUGUCCAGGUCCUUGUAGCCGUGCUCUGCGCUGCACUGCUCCACCUGCCGGCGCUCAGGUUGCGCCCCUUCGUCACGUCAAAGUGCUUCAGCACCGCCUCGGUGUCUCCAGCUCAUAGCGAACGUCUGUCACGGCUUGAACUCCCUUUGAACGACCUUGUACUCAAUUCUAAACUGACUUAUAAACUUAUAAACAAACAUGCGGCGGAGUGUCGGAGUUCGGAGCUCGGUGUCGGAUAUGUCGGGGCCUGUCGGCCC